AUGCCGCCGUGCCGAACCGCUGGUAGUCGGUGGGGUUGGAUCGUGUCGGAAAGCGAGGGUACUGAGGGAGAGAGCGUCGGCGACGAGGGGAGGGUUGAGUGGGAAAGGCAUCAAGCCGUUGACGAUGAGUUGAGGGCUGUUGAUGUGUUGUCGGCGAUGAAGGUUGAGCGGCUGCCGGCGGAAAUGAGGGCGGCAGAGAUGAGAUCAGAAGUUUCUUCAAAUUCGAACGUUGUUGUGCAUGAGUUGAAUACACUAGCAUGUGGUCCUGAUAUUCGAAUUCGUUUGUAUAAUGAAGAAGUUGAUGUAUGUGAAGGAGUUACAAAUCAAUGUGAAGUUGAAGAAGCGGAUCUUGAAGCACAUACAUUUCAUAGAGUCGAUAUAGAUCCAAUUAUAAUAUCCGACAAUAUUGAUAGGCUUGAGAUAGUCUUAGAUUUUGACGAAAAUGUAGAGGAAGACAUAUAUGAGGAGGAAGAAGAUGAGGAGGAAGAAGAAUACGAGGAUGAUGCAACAUCGUCAGAAGAUGACGAUGACGAUGACGAUGAAAGCGAUCGCGAUAACUCUGACACGUACACAUGA